CUGCUCCCAACGAUACAAUGGACGGAGAGGCUAGCGACGAGAAGGCUGGGAGACUCUUUCCAGCUCCAUCCCCUCCACCGACGGUGCUCUGUCCCCAGAGAUUGCCAGGAUGUGAUCUCGAGUCACUGAAGGCUCUGCAGCAUGUUUUAAUCGAUAACCACAACAGAUACCACAUCUUCUUCAAUCACAUAAAGUUCAAUAAUCAUAUAACUCAUCGAGCACUGGCGAUAUAUGCGAUGGGAGGGAGCGGCCCCGUGAUUGAAGCAUUCUACCAACAGGAUAGCCAAAAUCAGAGACCUGCGUUUGCAUCGCCCAAGCCUAUCACAGAACAGAAUUUCGUCGAGCACCUCGGUGAUGAAAACUUCUAUGAGGCAUACACAACCUUCUUUGACAAAGCCAUCGAAGAGAAGGGUGCCGCCGCAACCUUGGAAGAAUUCGUGUUUUCCGACAAAUACAACUUCAAUCCUGGAAGAGAUGCAGCAAGCCAACCAAACAUGCUGUCACGAUUUGUUGACGGACUCAUGCAUCCACUGAUCCAUUGCGGAUAUGGGGUAGAAUUUGGUUUGAAAGGCAUGCUUUCCGAGGGUCUUGCAAUGACAGCGUUGCGAGAUGAUCAUCCACGAAGGUUCCUCCCGCUGCCACUGUUUGUCGCUCAAGUGACUAGUGAUGUUGACAAAACCGAGGCCAAGUUUACAUCAAUGGUGCUCGACGACACGCCCAUGAUCCCAAACAAGGCAGCAAUAGAACAAGGAACACAUGCCUUUUCAAUCCUGGCUCGAGUGCUCAAGGACCCCAGCCUUGCGCCAGAUGGCCCACGUCAAUACAUUGCACAAUAUCCAGACACACUCACAGCUCAUGAGGACAAAAUUCGGGCAUACGUUGAUCAGUGGACGAUAGAUCUCUCAAUUCCAGGAGAGAUUGAACGCAAAAUGGAAGAAUGUAUCUGGACAACAUCGGUGAUGUACGCUGUUGGAGGGUGGAGUGAGAAAGGGUUUACGGCUGAUUUCUUCUUGAUGCAUCUGGUCACGUCGAGCUUAUUCAUCCCUUCACUCAUCGCAUCCUUGUCUCCUCGAGCGCAAGUUUUGUUUCUCCGUGUGUACUUUGCAAGCGCAAUUGCAUCAUGGAUAUCACGCGGCCGUCCCUGCUUCAAUUUCAAGCGCUUCUUUAAGUCAACGUCUCCAGUGCCGAACACUCCGAAUAAUCUCGCAGUCCCACCAGCGGAUAGUGCCCCAACACAAGAUGCGCAGCCACCUAACCCAUUCCUUCCCCUUAUCCAAUCGUCCAUAACGCACCCGGACGACCACCAUACAAAAAUCCAACGAGCUUUCGCGCACUUCUCUACCAUCUACGGCUUCCAGUCCAAAGGCUACUUUGCUGGCACUGAACUAGAUGGGGCAGAUGAACUUGACGGCUCGCUAUUCCUACGAGCGGCCGUGUUGACGGCAGAUCACAUGGGAUGGGUGGGAAAGGGGGAGGAGGCGAAAGAGUGGAGUUCCGAGGGGUUCUAUGUGUAGGUGAUGCCCGAUUAUUUGAAGUGAUCAAUUCUCUGCUUCACCCUCACGAACGCUUAAAUCCUCAGCCUAGAAUGAACGGUACCAAAGAUGGUGAUGAUUCUAUACGCUUAUCCUAUGUCGCGGUCAUGACAUGAAGACAUAUUGCAAUCGUCCCUCCCUCAAAUACCAUGGCAGCGGAGAUCCGCAAAGGCCGUGCAAGAGAGGAUACAGGUACUAAGAACCAUCCCAGGGGAUCGUCGGGUACGUCGUCGAGAUUGAUGUUUGAGCCAAGCGGAGUUGCACACAGAGCAACGACUUGGCAUCAUGACUGUAGCGCACAUCCGCACGAAGCGCUGCCACAUCUUCACUUUCCACAUGACUAAAGACCCGCGAAAACUGGUGUGGGAAGUGAAAU